GGGCAAGCUGUAAAUCAGCCUCGGUCUUUUCUCGCAAGGUAACAAAAGUUCUGCAAUACGACCGUUGCGGUCCUCUCGCCUGCUUUCCCCAUCCAGUCUAUUCUGCUAGUAUGUCGUCUUCCUUGCUCGGGAAGCCUGGCAGCUCUGGCUCCAAGUCCGUUUUAGGCAGCUUGACGACUCCGAGCUUGACAGCCGCGGGCUUGGCAAAGCAUCACGCAAGAUGCCACCUUGACAGGCGCAAUGAGAGAGAGCGGGUGUAAGGAGAGCGAGAUGCAUGGAGAACACGCCAACGUCCUCUUCCAUCGUCGCCGCCACGGCUGCCGCCCCCCGAACAUGAUCGUGAGAUGCGGGUAUAAAGAAGGGCUCCGUCCUCGUCUUUCUGGCCGUUCUCUUCUCUUCGUCCCCAUCCGCUCUCUCUGCCGCCUACGAACAGCCCCCCAAGGUUUCCUUCGUCCACAAUGGCCAGCCUCCGCCGUCUCGCCCUCGCCAUCGGAGCCCUGCUCCCGGCCGUCCUCGCCGCCCCCGCCGCCCUUAACAGGCGCGACGAGCCCGCGGCCGUCCCCGGCAAGUACAUCAUCACCCUUAAGGAGGAUGCCGCCGUCAACGUCGAGUCCCACCUGAACUGGGUCACCGACGUCCACAAGCGCUCCCUGGGCAAGCGUGACACGGCCGGUGUUGAGAACACGUUCAACAUCAGCACCUGGAAGGCCUACUCCGGCGAGUUCGACGAGGCCACCAUCGAGGCGAUCAAGGCCAGCCCCGAGGUCGCCGUGGUCGAGCCCGACUACUACAUGUACCUCUCUGACUUCGAGGUCGACGAGCGUGCGCUCACCACCCAGACCGGCGCCACCUGGGGUCUGGGAUCCAUCUCCCACAAGACCUCGGGCUCGACCCAGUACGUCUACGACACCUCGGCCGGCGCCGACACCUACGCCUACGUCGUCGACUCUGGUGUCAUCUCCACCCACACCCAGUUCGGCGGCCGCGUCACCCUCGGCUACAACGUCUACACCGGCACCCACACCGACACUCUCGGCCACGGCACCCACGUCGCCGGCACCAUUGGUGGCUCUACCUACGGUGUUGCCAAGCAGACCAACAUCAUCUCUGUCAAGGUCUUCCAGGGCGCUACCGGCACCACCUCGUCCAUCCUCGCCGGCUUCAACUGGGCCGUCAACGACAUCGUCUCCAAGGGCCGGGCCGCCCGCUCCGUCGUCAACAUGUCUCUCGGCGGCCCUGCGUCCACCACCUGGACCACCGCCGUCAACGCCGCCUACUCCCAGGGCGUCCUCUCCGUCGUGGCCGCCGGCAACGGCGACGACUUCGGCAACCCCCUGCCCGUCUCCUCGCAGUCCCCCGCCAACGUCCCCAACGCGCUGACCGUCGCCGCCAUCGACUCGAGCUGGACCCCGGCCUACUUCACCAACUACGGCGCCGGCGUCGACAUCUUCGCCCCCGGUGUCUCCAUUCUCUCCGCCUGGAUCGGCGGCAACUCGGCCACCAACAGCAUCAGCGGCACCUCCAUGGCCGCCCCUCACGUCACCGGCCUCGCCCUCUACCUCCAGGCCCUCGAGGGCAUCACCACCCCGGCCGCCCUCACCGCCCGCAUCAAGGCCCUCGGCACCUCCGGCCGCAUCACCGGCACGCUUAGCGGCAGCCCCAACCUGAUUGCCUACAACGGCAACGGCGCGUAAGCAUCGAUGACGAAGCGAGUCGAAGAGGAGGAGUACGAAUAAUGAGGGGCUUUUUUACGACGUGAGACGCUCACAGUAUUUAUUUCACUAAUAGUCAAGCACCGUUGAGGUGGUUAUCGGAUCUAAAAGAG